AUGUCUGAGCCAUGUGAACGUAGAAAGCAACUGCGCGACCUGAACCAGAAAGCAUGGGGUGGCGAGCUGCUUGUCGUGGACUCCCCUGACACCUCUUUGAAAAGUAACAUGGCUGUGCUCAAGAAACUAAGUUCGGCUAUCACCACCGAAACACAGAAUUCUUUAAUAGACUCGAUCAAGAGAGUUUCACUUGAGAAAUACCUGGACGAGCUGAUCCCUGCAACAGCAGACGGGCUUCUUUCUUUGAAAAAGAAGGACACGGCAGCUGCCGUAGAGGUGCUCUCCGUGCUGCAUCAGCGAUUUGGGUCUCGUUUUACUACAAAAUUGGCACUAUAUUUUUUCCGUUCAGUUGAAGAUUUCAAAGAGCCGGAGCAUCUGCCCGUCUUGGGCACUCUGCUGAGAUUGUAUUGUGAGAUGUACUUGGUUGAUCUUAUUCGCGUGGAUGAUAGUGUCGAAAAAUGCAAGCUGCCACGGUAUUUGGUGAAAUCGGAUAGGCCUCUUCUCCUAGCCUACAUUUCACAGCUACUCUCUCGACACGCUAAUAACACAAAACUACUCUCCAUUGUAUCAGGAUUUGUCAAGAAGUUUGAUGAUGUGCUUCUUCGUGAGAACGAGUUCUUGAACUCGUCAGAAAGACUGUCAUUGAUCAAGCUUUUCACCAAAUAUAGUGAACAUAUAUGCAAAGUGACCGAAAACACACAUCAAGAGAUCUCCAGUUUGGAGAACCAGGUCAAUGAGAUCUCGAGAAAAACCAGUAAAGUGCCUGAAUCGCUCGAAUUCGAUCUCAAGGAGAAGAAAGACGAGUUUGUCAAACUGGAAGCUUACUCAGAGUUUGCACAUGAAGUCUUUUCCAUUGAAAAACCCUCGCUGGCUCGGGAGACGGAAUCGACUGUCAAGAUCACGGCUAUCCCCGGACUUUCAGAGUCCAAUCGCUGGGAGAGUGAGGAGCAACGCAAAUUCUACGAGGAGGUACCGGAUAUCUCUGAAAUGGUGGAUCCGAGCCUGCUUUUGAGAAGGGAGCCGGACAUAGAAGAAAACAGGGCUCCUAAAGAUGCACUUUCCACGUUUGUCGAGGAGUUGGACGCUGCCACUACUGCAGAGGAGGUGGACGAUAAAGCUCGUGAAUUUUGGCAACAGGAAAUGUACACUAAAUCUGCCGAAAGUCGUCUGUAUCGCCACGCGUGCUCUCAGGGCAUCAACUCCAAAGCCUUUGCGAGGUUUCUGUGCAUCAAUCGCAAUGUGCUCAACUCUUUAAUUCAGAAAAUAGAAAACAAAGCUGAUGCGGCUUUGAAAGAUCAGUCGAUGAUAUCGCAUAAAGAUUACAACAUGGUCAGGCUAUAUUGCGAAAUGGCUAACUUCAACCUGGUUCCGGCUACCAAGUUUUUGCAUGUGCUGAGAUCACUCGUGGUAAAUGUUGGGGAGGGAGCUGGUUUGGACUUGUUGACACUGUUCUUCGAUUAUUCCAAAUUUACAAUUCUCUAUCGACCGGAGUUUUCCGUGGCCGUGAACAACAUAAUUCAUCUUUUUCAAAGCGUCACAAGUAGAUUACAAGGAGAUCGACAAAAGGCCGCUCAGGCCUUUCUCUCGUCGCUUGCUGUUGCUGAAGAAAAUGUGAAAGUCGAAACUGCGAGACCCAAACUGCAAUUUCUCGAUUAUGUGCUGAAACGGGCUCUGCAAAAUCAGGUCUUCUUUCCUGCGCUUCUCGAAUUCGAGUGGGACGCGGAAUCGUAUUCCAAGAUCGUGGACUUCUUUACCCAUCCAGAAACGAUAACCUACGACGAGGUCCCUGCUCUUGUCUCCAUGCUUAAAUAUUUAGGCGAGCGUGAUCCAGUUCUAGUUGCCGUUGUGGUCGACGGCCUGAUUGAGGAGUUUCAGUCCGGAUUCGAGCUAGACGAUUUCCGUCAAAAUAGAAAGAGAAUGGCGGUAGCAAGCUACCUGGCGCAACUCGCCGUCAAAAGGCUGAUAACGGCAGCACUCUUUCGCACUUUGGUCAAAUACGCGAUUUUCGAAUCUGUCCACGGCGAUCCAUCAAACUGGUUCUGGGCAAAGAUGGUGUGCCUGUUUUUCGAAAUCUCAAAGAAACAUAUGUCGUUGGAGUUGAUGCUUUUUGACUAUCAUCUAUUGCUUCAAGGUGAACCGCCCCUUGACCUGCGCCUGCGAGUAAUUAAGUGUUUUGAGUCACGCGGCGUAGCACGCGCAAACAGCGUUGCUGAGGCAGCUAAGAGGAUCAGUGAAAUCAGCAAGGCCGCCCGUCAAAUGCCUGAAUCUGAACCUGAUGAUGAUGAAGAGACGGACCAGGGGGCUGAUGAGGUCUCAGACUCAGAGGCUACAGAAGAUACCGAUGAUUCUGAGACAGAAGACGAAUCUGACGAAGACGAUGACACUGAAUCUGAGCUGGACGAGAACAUGAUCAACGUACAGCUCGAGAGGAGCAUCCAAUCAGAAUUUGACAGUAUGCUGGCCGCAAGUUUGAAGACCUCCAGCUCGACGAACGCAAGGCCUCGUGUACGCCAGCCAGUCGGCGCCGUUGUUCGUAAGGAACAGACGGAAAACGGAGCCAACAAGUUUACGUUUUUAACGAAAUCGGGAAACAAGAUCGCGGCCCGAAAGAUCGAAGUUCCCGACCAUGUGGACUUUGUUGCCGAGCAACUGUCCAACGCAGAGCUGUGGGAGCAAGAGCGCGACAGGAUCAAGGACUUUGUGCUCAAUCAGCACGAAUAG